AUGGAGAAAAUUAAAGAAAAUAAUUCAGAAAUAGUGAAAACUAAUUUUGAGGAUGUUUCAAGUGACAAGAAAUUAGGUGGUCUCAAAACCAUGCCUUUUAUUAUUGCAAAUGAGGCAUUGGAGAAAGUUGCAAGUGUAGGAUUAAUUUCAAAUAUGAUUUUAUAUUUGAAAAAUGAGUAUCAUAUAACUAAUGCUAGUGGUGCAACUAUUCUAUUUUGGUGGAAUGCCAUGUCAAAUUUCACACCAAUAUUUGGAGCUUUUCUUGCUGAUUCUUACUUGGGAAGAUUUUAUGUCAUUGCUUUAGGGACAUUCAUCACCCUAAUUGGAAUGUUGGUACUUUGGUUAACAGCUAUACUUAAAGAAGCAAGGCCACAUGGUUGCAAAUUAGAAUUAGGAAAUUGUAUUCAACCAACCAUUGCUCAAUAUGCAUUUCUAUUUUCAUCAUUUGUAUUGAUGUCUAUUGGAGCUGGUGGAAUUAGGCCAUGUUCAUUAGCAUUUGGUGCUGAUCAAUUUGACAACCCUAAAAAUCCCAACAAUGGAAGGAUCUUGCAAAGUUUCUUCAAUUGGUAUUAUGCAGCAGUAGGAAUAUCAGUGUUAAUUUCAGUCACAAUCAUUGUGUAUAUUCAAACACAAUUUGGUUGGGUUGUGGGAUUUGGAGUACCUGCUGGACUAAUGUUCCUAAACAAGGCAUGUAUCAUUAGAAAUCCAAAUAAUGGAACAUCUACAACAAAUCCAUGGAAUCUUUGUACAAUUCAACAAGUUGAAGAAUUCAAAGCAUUGCUCAAAGUACUUCCAAUUUGGUCCACAGGCAUUAUGAUAGCAGUAACACUAAGUCAACAUGCAUUUCCAGUAUUACAAGCAAAUACAAUGGAUAGACAUAUAUCAAAAGGUAGUAAUUUUCAAAUCCCAGCAAGUUCCUAUAGUGCAUUUGGGAUUCUCACAUUAACAACAUGGCUAGUUUUCUAUGAUCGAGUCCUCGUGCCCUGGAUCUCCAGGUUCACGAGGAAACCAAGAGGCUGUGGCCGCACUAGUGGAAAGAGAGAGACGUUCGCGAGCCCUAGACCAGGGGCUCGCGACCAUCCAUUCUUACAAGUGGACAUGUCAGCAAUGUGGCUAGUUCCACAACAUUGUUUGACAGGACUAGCUGAGGCGUUCAACGCGAUUGGACAAAUAGAAUUUUAUUAUUCACAAUUUCCUAAGAGUAUGGCUAGUGUUGGAGUGGCAUUGUUUUCAUUAGGAAUGGGAUUUGGGAAUUUGGUUGGAAGUUUAAUUGUGGAAAUUGUUGAUCAUGUUACAAGUAAAGGAGGGAAAUUUAGUUGGGUGUCAAAUAAUUUGAAUUUAGGUCAUUAUGAUUAUUAUUAUUGGGUACUUUGUUUAUUAAGUGUUGGGAAUUUUUUCUAUUUUAUUGUGUGUGCUUGGGCUUAUGGAUCUGAUGAAGAUAAAAGAAUUUGGGAGGAAGAUCAAGUUGAAAAAAAAGGAGAGAUUGUUAUGUUAUAG